AUGCAUGACAUUGUCAUGGACCACAUUGUCAUGGAGGACAUUGUCAUGGACGACAUUGUCAUGGACAACAUUGUCAUGGACCACAUUGUCAUGGACCACAUUGUCAUGGACCACAUUGUCAUGGACCACAUUGUCAUGGACCACAUUGUCAUGGACCACAUUGUCAUGGACCACAUUGUCAUGGACCACAUUGUCAUGGACCACAUUGUCAUGGACCACAUUGUCAUGGACCACAUUGUCAUGGACCACAUUGUCAUGGACCACAUUGUCAUGGACCACAUUGUCAUGGACCACAUUGUCAUGGACCACAUUGUCAUGGACCACAUUGUCAUGGACCACAUUGUCAUGGACCACAUUGUCAUGGAGGACAUUGUCAUGGAGGACAUUGUCAUGGACCACAUUGUCAUAGACAACUUGACGGAAAAACAAGUAGUUUCACACGAUGUACAUAUCCCAGUAUGGACUACCGACUUGACUGUGCCUACAGCAACGAUCCGUCUUGGCCAAAUUUCCUCCUUCACCGUCUUUGUGUCGCCCGUAGUGCUGGUCAUCGGUCCCGAGGUACGGCAGUUCUCCCUGGUCUGUACCCACAAUCACCCGCACAAUCUCUCCGCAAGAUACGUGUGGUUUAGAGAGGAUGGCCGGGGCUUGUCACCGACUAGGGCUCGUGGCACUAAUGGCAGGACAUUGACAGUCCGUGACGUGCAAGAAAGUGACAUGGGACAGUAUCUCUGCUUGGUUUCAGUGAAUCAGCUCAGAGUCACCAGCAAACCAGCAACUAUUCUCAUCGGGUCUUCGCCGGAUAGCGAGGAAUCUAUGCCUGCUUCCAUUCAGUUAACAGCAGAUACCGCAUCACAUGAUACUGGCCAUGACUCGAGUCACCCGUCAAUGCAACUAGUAUCAGGACCACAUGAUGGGCAUGAUGGUGAUGAUGAGGAGGAUGAUGGUGAUGAUGAUGGUGAUCAUGACGAUGACGGUGAAGAGGAAGAGGAUGCCCUUCUCCAUGAUGAAGAUGAGGAUGAUGAUAAUGAGGAUGAUGAUGAUGGUGGUGAUGAUGGUCAUGACUCGAAUACGCCACCAGUACAAUCACCUGUUCAGCCUAAUACUGGUCAUGACUCGGGUCAGCAGCCACAGAAAGCACAAGGUUUCACAACAACUGCCGGUUCUAGCUCGACUCAGCGACCAACACUAGCCAUCCGGCAUCCCCCUAGUUCCUCAAUUACAAGAGCAUCACAAUCAACACUACCGACAGUGAACACAACUGCGGCAGGUGAUAUCUCCACUCAGCCCAGCAGCUCCAGAAGCAACCCUCUCUUGAUGGCCAACAGCACGGCACGGGCAACACUGGGAACAGCAAUGUCUAGGUCUGCUGUAACAACUCAGCCAGGCGUCAUCCACCCAGUCUCCCCGAACACUGGGUCAAGUAGCCAGCCAUCUACGCAAUCAACGACUGAAGUCGUUAGUCUUGAUAAAGCACAGAACUCGACCAAAGAUGCAGUGGGAGCCAACAAGGGAACGGAGUCAAGUGCUGGUCCUGGGACGGUAGUAAUUGCUGGUGGAGCGAUUGUUGCCUGUCUAACAGUGGGCGUAUUAUUGGUGGCAAAGAAUCGGAACUCGCAAUCUGGCAAAGUGACCGUUCAGUCCAGCAGGGGCACAGUGGAAGACGCUAGAGCCAAAAUGGAAAUGUCAGACAUUGUGCGCAAUAACAACGCCAACAAUGAAUUGGCAGCAUCAACGUCCGCACCGAAUUCAGUAUGUGAAAAUCCACAGCCCACACUGGCCAGUCCUGAUUCCACUGAAAGCCCUGGUAAUGACAUAGCUCUCUCGCCACAAGUAGCAGCUGAUGACCCGGAUGCAUCUGAUUCAGAUGCCACGGAAUCCCCGUAUGAGAAGUUGCCAGAUAUUUGCCUCCCGGAAGAUAUGCCAGGCGCUACCGCUUGUCAGAUACCGCCGGUAGACCACCGGAACAUUUUACCACGACGUGGCUCAGUACCAAUGCCCAAUAGUAAUGCACUCGCACCAGUUGUGCCAGCUAUCUGCACCAACUAUUUGAACAAGAACCAGCCUACCCCUGGACGCAGGCUAUCUGUGGACAAACUACCACCAGUACCCGGCCCACUCUUGUCACCAAGCUCCCAUGGGUCCCACCACCGGAGUUCUAUUGGUGCGGUUUCACCGUAUGCACGCAUCUUUUCCGUUCUAAGUUCGGUGGCAGCAGAAGAGAGCGCUAUAUCCGUGAGCGCUCCAAACUUGAACGAAGAUCCCUACCAGCGAGUUCUCACUCUCUUGCCUGAAAAUGGAAAUGAAGCGUCCCAAGCUCUCAGUCUCUCGGCUUCAACUAUCGGUCCCAUACCCCUGAACAGUCCCGGCUUGAUCGCACACGAAGAUCCCUACCAGAGAGUUAUCACCCUCUUGCCUGAAAAUGGAAAUCAAGCAUCCCAUGCCCUCAGUCCCUCGGCUUCAACUCUCGGUCCCAUAUCUCUGACCACUCCCAACUUUAUCACACAGGAAAAUCCCUACCAGAAAAUCACCCCCAUCCUACUUGGAGCCGAGGACCUGGAGUCCAUUCAUCACAGUACAACAGCAUCAGCACUCGACCCCGGUUCCCUGAGCAGUGGUGACUUUGAUGAAGACGACGAAGACCCUUACCAGCGAAUUUCCACUGUGUUAUCUGAAAUCGGGCGGUUUGUGUCCCAUCGUCCCAGUUUGGCUGCAACAUCACUGGGCACCAUGUCUCUGAACAGUCACAACCUGAACGAAGAUCCCUACCAACGGGUUGCGUGUGUCUCACCUGGAGCUGGCAAUUGCCCACCUCUGCCCACUACUCCACCGGACGACGGCAACAGCAUGCUGCGUAUAUCCUGCGGCGCGGAGACCAGUCCCUACUUGACACCCGCAGAAGUACUUAGUAUAUCUGGUGAUGUGGCCCUCCGGCCGAUUCGUGUGCGCAGGGUCAGCUCCUUCGGCCUAGAGGUCAUGCGCAUGGCGGACACCCGAAGCUUCACUAGAUCAGCAGCCCCAGAGCUCGCCGACUACGACAGUGACGAUGCAGCGAAGAUUCUGAGCAGGUGCUCUCUCCAGCAGGACAGUGAAGACCCGUACGAAGCACCUGUCUCAACGCUUGAAGACCUCAGAUCUAACGCCGAGCAAAAUUUGCCCGGUGUCGAGUCUGGAUAUCGGUCCCACACAGAAACUGACAGUGACCCUGACCAGCUGUGCGGCCCAUGCUACUCAGGCACAGACAACCUUAGCGGUGAGGAAGUGAGAGCUGAAGAUCCUUCCAAGUCCUGCAACGAUAGAGUGCACAGGCCGUGCAACAAGUCUUCGCUUCAGCGCUCUAGUAAAGGUUCAUGCGCAGCCCGGAUCUCCACAUCCUACAAACUGGCCCACUCUGUGCCUGUGUUGAAGUGUGAAUACUUGUCGCAUCAGGAAUCCUGCCAUGCGACUGAUGAUGACGAUCACUCUGAAGGCCACACAGUUGGCUCUGGCCGAAGCCAGGCGAGAGGCAGUGUUACAUACCUUAACGAAAGCCUGUCACCCUCUGUGCCGAGCACUAAACGUGCAAUAUACGAUUCUAUCGGAGGUGUUUUUGAGCAACACGGCGACAGCGACAAAGAAGAAGCAUAUGAAAAAGUUAACACUGAUCUUCUUAACGAGAUUAGAGCAGACUCAGAAGAGCGGGAAAAGGCAAAUGACAGGCCAGCGUGUGAAGAGCUUGAGGCGCAUGUUUGCGCGGACUAAGACACUGGCCUGCGGACUAGACCGGUGGUGGUAUCAAACAAAGCUUGUUACUGGCUAACUCUGCACUCUGGUAACGACUUUGUCUCGUUCUUGUCGACAGUAAAGUGAAUUCUUCCAUAUUCUUUCCUAGAUGUUGCAAGUCACUUUAAAACUGUGCAGUUGUGCACAGUAUUAAAGGGAGUUCGCUACAGCCUCCAUCUUUGCAACAAAGAUUGGCGAUCACUUUUCACCAUACUGGAAAAAUGAAUAAUAGAACCGUCAUUAUCAAUUACCCUUCACUCUUUUUUUGCCCGAUAUUUUCUUUAUUUACCUGCAGACAUUCUAGAUGGCAUAGCCACCUGUUUGUGCUGCGACUAUAAAUCAAAGUAUGGCACAUCGAUUCAAACUGUUUGCGUUAUUUUUUCGCGCUUCUUCUUUCUUUUCCAUUGCCCGAGUUCUCACCAGACUAGUCUCGGUGUGUGAUUUUGCAUGGCAGCUUAGAUUCCACUUCUCCAUCUUGCCCCCCCCCCCCCCU